GCGAAGGGGCUGGUGAUACUUACAAACUGAGGGAAAACGUUGUUUUAAUUAAGACUAUGGCACUCCCCCGAAAUUGUACUUGAAUAAAAGUAAGUUAAUACGUUACAGAGAACUAAAUCAAGUUGUCUGCUUUUAGGUUAAGUGAUGGCAUUUCCUCAGCCCAGACCUCAGGCUCCUCAGCUUCCUCAACAUCUUCUCAGGACUAUAGACUGUCAGCAGGGAGCUGUCAGGGCUGUUCGCUUCAACACUGAUGGGAGCUACCUGCUGUCUUGUGGCAGUGACAAGUCUUUAAAGCUGUGGAGCGUGAGCCGAGGCACCUUGUUGAAGACGUACAGUGGUCAUGGAUAUGAGGUUUUGGAUGCUGAUGGAUCCUAUGACAACAGCCAGAUUUGCUCGUGCAGCUCCGAUAAGACGGUGAUUCUGUGGGAUGUCGCCACAGGCCAGGUCACGCGCAAACUCAGGGGUCAUGCCGGGAAAGUUAACUGUGUGCAGUUUAAUGAGGAGGCAACCGUCAUAUUGUCUGGGUCCAUAGAUGGGACAGUUCGGUGCUGGGACACAAGAUCCAGAAGAUAUGAGCCCAUCCAGGUUCUAGACGAGGCUCGGGACAGCAUUAGCAGCCUCAAGGUGGCACAACAUGAGCUGCUUACCGGGUCAGUGGACGGCAGAGUGAGGUGCUACGACCUGAGAAUGGGACAGCUGCAUGUUGACUUCAUCAGCAGUCCGAUUACCUGUGUGUGCUUCAGUCAAGAUGGUCAGUGCACCCUGAGCUCCAGCUUAGAUUCAACACUCAGACUUCUGGAUAAGAGCACCGGUGAAAUGUUGGGGGAGUAUACAGGACACAAGAUGAAAGGCUACAAGUUGGACUGCUGCCUGUCCAGUAAAGACACCCACGUCCUGAGCUGCUCAGAGGAUGGACAUGUUUACUGCUGGGACCUGGUGGAGGGGUCUUUGUCCUUGAAGCUCCCGGUGGGGAAAGCAGUUGUGCAGUCACUGUCCUUCCACCCUACAGAGACCCGUCUCCUCACAGCCAUGGAGGGGCGUGUCCAGGUGUGGGGCGCAGAGCCAGAUGAGAUGGAGGAGGAUGUGAUAGCCACAUAGAGGGUGAAAGCAGUCAAACGCUAUGUCUGGAUGCUAGGAAUUGGCUUUCUGUUACAGUGCACACAGUCUAUCUGAUGGACUUUACAGCAACAUGAAAGCCUCUUCCUGCAACAUGCAGAUGUUGUGCCCGGGGUUUGGUGCUGGAAUCAUCUGUAAAUUGUUCGCAAUGUGAGACUUACCAGUGGAACCUGCACCCUGGCGUAGUAAUCAAAUGGGAUUAGGUGUGGGCCCAGUGAUAAUGCACAUGCCUGAGCAAUCAGGCUCUUUAUCAUAGGUACAUGGAAAUGUGCCUUCAUUUAUCAUUAUUUCUCUGUUCCACUCAAAAAUGGAGUAUUCACAAUAAAUUAAAAAGGGAACGAGAAAGUGUAAAAGAAUACACUUUCUCAGCUUGAAUAAAAUCCUAACAAGAGAGUAUUUAAUUAUUAGAAAUGUCUAUGUGGCAAAAAAAAAAACUAAAAAUGUUAAGUUUGUUCAAAGCUGAGCUAUGUAGAUAAACUAAAAUUUUUAGAAAUAUGUCUGUACUCUGUCUAUUUUUAUGGUUUGUAGUUUCACAGAUAUUUAGUUCUUUCUCAAGAAGAGAAAGAAAAUCCUUAACAAACCAGUUGGCACAAAUCAUAUAAAGACAAAAAAGGAUGCUUGGCUUUGGUUCACAGAUGUCUAUAGUCCACAAUCUGCAUGUGAGUCCACCUUAAAUUCACAAGUUAACCAGGAAAGUUUCCAAAUGACCAGAGGACUUGUAUUUUUGUAUUUGUGUCAUUUUUUUAAAAAUACAAAAUCCUUGAAUAAUAAAAUUGUGUAAAUG